UUCAAACAAUUUUAUUUAGCAUUUGGUCGUCUCUCUCGUGAAAAAAUUUAUCUCCUGCACACAGAUUUUGCUUUCUUUAUCAUUCACAAAAUCAUUCAUUCUACAGUUUGAUACAAAUUUAAGUUGCUCAUUUAAUCGCUGCAAUUCAUUCAAAGAUUCAAAAAUUGAGUAUUGUUGUAAAAUUCAACAUUAGGUUUAAGUUUCUAGAGAUUGUACAUGACAAACGAAGCACGAUACUGGGGUGAAAGUUCCAAUUUGGCUUCUCUAAACAAUCAAGAGGAUACUCAGGAUGAUCAUAUGAUUGCCCUUGUGCUUUCACAAGAGUAUGCUAAAUUGGAUUGUGCAGUUGGUAGACGACUUUCCAACUUGGCGUCUAUUCGUCAUGUGCCACGCAUAAACUCUUUUAUCCCUAACACUAGUGAUGCUAGCAUGGAUCAUCAUCGUCUUCUUCAGAGGUUGAACACUUAUGGACUUUGUGAAGUUAAAAUCUCUGGAGAUGGAAAUUGUCAGUUUCGUGCACUUUCAGAUCAACUUUUCAAGUCACCUGAACAUCACAAAAAUGUUAGAAAAGAGAUUGUAAAACAGCUCAAAGAUCAUCAGUCCUUAUAUGAAUGUUAUGUACCAAUGAAGUAUAAACAAUAUUGCAAAAAAAUGGCAAAAUCUGGAGAAUGGGGGGACCAUGUUACUUUGCAAGCAGCUAGUGAUAAGUUUGCAGCAAAGAUAUGCCUUCUAACAUCUUUCAAAAACAAUUGUUUCAUUGAAAUUAUGCCACUAUAUCAAGCACCAAAACGUGAGUUAUGGUUAAGCUUCUGGUCUGAGGUUCAUUACAAUUCACUAUAUGACAUUCGAGAUACACCUAUUCCACGUAAAUCAAGGAGGAAACAUUGGUUAUUUUAGGAGAGAUUGAUUAUGUGCAUUAAGAUAUAGUGUUGCUUAAUUAUUCCAGAGGUAAGGAAAAAGUUCCAAAAUCUCACUUCAAUUUUUAAGCUUGAAAAUAAGUAUCUUAUGUUUUGAUGCUAGAAACCAGCUAUUUCUAUUAUGUUUAUUCAACUUCAACUUGGUUUGAACCACUAGAGUUGGCUUAGUGACAAGAAGUUAGAGUAAUAUGCACAAGGUUAUGUGUUUGAACCUUAUUAAUUGUUGAAUUUGUAUUCUUUACACCUGAUAAAAAAAAUUUCGACAUGGUUUUGAACUUCAACUUGGUUUUAUCAUU